CGUCUUUCUUGUAUCAAAACCCACGCAGAAAUGCACUCGUUAUCUCUCGCCUCCACCAAAUCCAAUCUCCUCUGUUCCCUCUCCAACUCCUCACCCCAUAUAGCUUCGUCUCCUCCACUGUAACAAAACCGAGACAUCCCAUUUCUCUGAAACAAUGGAAGGUACUCUCUUUCCAUCUCGACCUCUGUAUCCCAUCCCAUCAAACAGACCAACGCAGCCAAACCCUCCUGUGAAAUUCAAUUCAACGAUGCUGCCACCGCCUCCUCAGUCGCCAGCUCCGCCGUUUCCUAUAGACUCCCUCCUCCAGCACCUCCUGAGCCUCUCCUCGCCGCCCAACACUCCCCACAAGCUCAAACCCUUAAACCCACCUCACCAAACCAAUGGCAGUCUCCUUUCUCUUCAAAUUUCGGCGGAUUCGACCUCCAAACAGCAUCAAAUGAAGAAACCCACUUCAGUUUUAGUCCCAAAUUUCGAGGACGAUCGAGAGCUGCUGAAAUCAGGAGAUGGGGUUCUCGACUUUUUGACUAUAAAGGGUAAGUUGAUGUUCAAUUCCAUUGUAGAGCAGCCUUUGCAUGGUUUGGACCAUUACUUUGGUUCUGUGAAGUUUGAGUUACUUGAAGUUGAUUUGAUUAGUUUGUUGAAAGCAUUAGACCUUUCUGGCAAUUGGGAAAGAGCCUUUUUGUUGUUUGAAUGGAUUCUGUCCAACUUAAGCUCUGAAAAUUUAAAAUUAAAUGGCCAGAUGAUUGAGCUAAUGGUUAGAAUUCUUGGGAGAGAGUCGCAGCAUACGAUUGCAUCGAAGCUGUUUGAUGUAAUUCCCGUAGAAGAAUACACGCUGGAUGUCCGAGCUUACACGACGAUCCUUCAUGCGCACUCUCGUACUGGUAAGUACGAAAGUGCAAUUGACUUGUUUGACAAAAUGGUGGAAAUUGGAAUCUCACCAACUUUGGUCACUUACAAUGUCAUGCUUGAUGUUUAUGGGAAGAUGGGUCGAUCUUGGGAUAAGAUUUUAGGCCUCUUGGAUGAGAUGAGGGGCAAGGGAUUUGAAUUUGAUGAGUUCACUUGUAGUACGGUGAUAUCUGCCUGUGGAAGAGAGGGUUUGUUGAAUGAAGCAAAUGAAUUCUUUAUUGGAUUAAAGUCACAAGGGUAUGUACCCGGAACUGUAACCUAUAAUGCGCUGUUACAAGUUUUUGGCAAGGCAGGGGUAUUUACAGAAGCCUUGAGCAUAUUAAAAGAAAUGGAGGAUAAUAAUUGCCCACCUGAUGCUGUUACUUACAAUGAGCUUGUGGCAGCUUAUGUGAGGGCAGGAUUCUCCGAGGAAGGUGCAUCUGUCAUAGAGAUGAUGACCCAAAAAGGAACAAUGCCAAAUGCUGUUACGUACACAACUGUGAUAAAUGCAUACGGUAAAGCCGGAAAGGAGGAGGAGGCUCUAAGGUUGUUCAACCAUAUGAAGGCAACAGGUUGUGUACCUAAUGUUUGCACAUACAAUGCUGUUCUCGGAAUGCUGGGAAAGAAGUCACUGCCCGAGGAGAUGAUAAAGUUACUUUGUGAAAUGAAGUCAAGUGGAUGUGCCCCAAACCGUAUUACAUGGAACACAAUGCUUGCCAUGUGCGGUGAUAAGGGUAGGCACAAGUAUGUGAACCAGGUAUUUCGAGAAAUGAAGAAUUGUGGUUUUGAGCCUGACAGAGACACAUUCAAUACCUUGAUCAGCGCAUAUGGACGGUGUGGAUCAGAAAUAGAUGCUGCACAGAUGUACGAUGAGAUGAUCAAAGCAGGAUUUACUCCAUGCGUUACAACUUACAAUGCACUUCUAAAUGCUCUGGCACGGCGAGGGGACUGGAGAGCAGCAGAAGCUGUUAUGCUAGACAUGAGAAAUAAGGGCUUCAAGCCUAAUGAAACCUCGUAUUCAUUGAUGAUCAACUGUUAUGCUAAAGGAGGGAAUGUCAAGGGGAUUGAGAGAAUUGAGAGAGAAAUUUAUGGCGGUUAUAUUUUUCCCAGCUGGAUUCUUUUGAGAACGCUUAUUCUUGCAAAUUUCAAGUGUAGAGCACUGGACGGCAUGGAGAGGGCAUUCCAUCAAUUGCAGGACAUCGGAUACAAACCUGACUUGGUUGUAUUCAACUCCAUGCUUUCAAUUUUUGCUAGAAACAACAUGUAUGAUCGGGCCAAUGACAUGUUGUACAUGAUUCGUGAAAAUGGCCUUCAGCCAGAUCUCAUAACUUACAACAGCUUGAUGGACAUGUACGCCAGAAAGGGAGAGUGCUGGAAAGCAGAAGAAAUCCUCAUGGCCCUACAAAAUUCUGGUGGGAAACCAGACCUUGUCUCGUAUAACACAGUCAUCAAAGGGUUUUGCAGGCAAGGGCACAUGCAGGAGGCCAUAAGAAUUCUCUCGGAGAUGACAACUAGAGGAAUUCGGCCGUGUAUUUUCACCUACAAUACUUUCAUCACAGGCUAUGCAGGGCAGGGAAUGUUCUCAGAAAUAGAUGAAGUGAUUAGCUAUAUGACUCAGAACAAUUGCAGGCCGAAUGAGCUGAGCUACAAGAUUGCGGUCGAUGGUUAUUGUAAAGCGAGAAAAUAUAAAGAAGCCAUGGACUUUCUGUCCAAGAUUAAGGAGAUUGAUAGUUCGAUUGAUGAUCAAUAUGUGCAAAGACUUGCUUCUCGCAUUCGGGGCAAUUUGGAUUCAUGAAUUAUUGACUGUUCACUGUCGGUUUCUUUUUGCUCUUUUUGUAAUAGCACCUGCAUAUAUAGGGUUUCCAGCGAAUGUAAUUGUAAAAGAAUGUAACAUUCAGCUAUUUGGCUGUCCUAUAGAGACCUUUGUUACUUUGUUGUUGGGUAUUGUUGUGAAUUUGUUAAUGUAAGGAACGGUGCUUUCGUUGUGACA